ACAUCUCAUACAAACAACACAGACUCUCCAACCUUCCAUUCAUUUCUUCCAACUUCUAUUUUACCCUUUUGCGUAGAUAAGAAAUCAAUGGCUCGCACAAAGCAGACGGCCAGGAAAUCAACGGGAGGGAAGGCUCCACGUAAGCAGCUGGCGACCAAGGCGGCAAGGAAAUCGGCCCCAGCUACAGGAGGCGUGAAGAAGCCACACCGUUUCAGGCCAGGGACUGUGGCUUUGAGAGAGAUCCGAAAGUAUCAGAAGAGCACGGAGCUUCUGAUAAGGAAGUUGCCAUUCCAGAGGCUCGUCCGUGAGAUAGCUCAGGACUUCAAGACAGAUCUGAGGUUUCAGAGCAGUGCUGUCGCUGCUCUCCAGGAGGCCGCCGAGUCCUAUUUGGUGGGUCUCUUUGAGGACACCAAUCUCUGUGCAAUCCAUGCCAAGAGGGUCACCAUCAUGCCCAAGGACAUGCAGCUCGCCCGUAGGAUCCGUGGAGAAAGGGCUUAGAUGAUUAACAGUCAUGAUGUGGUUCUUGCUGCUUU